AUGCGUCUCCCAUCAAUUUCUUCUCUUCUGUGUCUUGCGGGACUGGCAUCUCUGCCGGUCAAUGCCUACGAUGAUGAGAAUGUCAAGAGCAUUUCUCUCCGCACCCAUACUCUUUCUGCGCCGUACCUCGAUUCGGAUUUCCAAAGCCGCUGGUUCGACUUCGGAGGAGACACGGUCAUUCGUGCAGACAAGUAUAUUCGCCUGACGGCCGACCGGCCAUCGCAACAGGGAUGGCUUUUCUCGCGUGUGCCUCUGACCGCAACUAACUGGCAGAUUGAGCUAGAAUUUGAGAUUCACGGCGAGAAUAACCUGCACGGCGAUGGCUUUGCCCUUUGGAUUACCAAGCAACGUGCCACUCAGGGCCCCGUCUUCGGGUCCACAGACCGUUUCGAGGGCUUGGGUAUUUUCUUCGAUACCUACAAGAACAACCGACCGGGCGUGACGUUCCCGUACGUCAUGGCCAUGAUGGGCGACGGAUCGACUACGUACGAUCAGGCUCACGACGGCAAGGCCAACGAGCUUGCCGGCUGCUCAGCCCGGGGUCUUCGUAAAGCCUCCGUUCCGACUAAAGCCCGCCUCACCUAUUUCCAGGACAAGUUCCUGGAACUGGAGCUGCAGUACAGGUCCGAAGACUCUUGGACCCAAUGCUUUAAGGUAUUGGCCGAGGACACCAAGAUCGCCAUCCCCUCCGUCGCGUACCUCGGCUUGUCCGCCGAGACGGGCGAGCUCAGCGACAACCACGACAUCAUCUCCAUCAAGGCCGACAACCUGUACUCGGUCAACCGGAACAGCGGCGGGCGCGGCGCCUCGGACGGGCACUCCAGGUCCCGCGGUGGAUCCAAGGCCCCGCAUGAAAAGAGCAGCUGGUCGUGGUUCCUGUUCAAGGCGGUCUUGUUAUUCGCGGCCAUUGCUGGUGCCUACCUGGGCUGGACUAUCUACCGCACUCGGGCGCGGUCGUCGCGCUUCUGA